UGUAACCACCAACAGAUCAGAUAAAUCUAGCGCCAAAUUACACCUCCCUCUCUCUUUCUGUCUCACUCAUCACUCUUACUUUACUUUCCCUUUUCCUUUAUGCUUUAGAAAUUCUUCCAUAGCAAUGCCUCUGCAACAACAGUGACAGAGAGAGAGAGAGAGAGAGGGAAUGGGUGAGGAUGUGAUGGGUUCGUUGGUUCGGUCCUGCAAUAAGAGGUGGUUAGUUCAAUUAAGCGGUGGGGAGUGGAAGGGGAAGCAAUUGAGCUUUCGAAAUUUGAAACCCCGUGAGCAUCUAUUGAUGGUAGAAUCGAAAUCACGAUCGCAAAUGAUGAUGAUUACGAACCAGAUGGUGAAACCCACUACUUACUCCUCCAAAAUCAUCACCGACAUCCCUCUCUCCGAGUCCCCUGCGGCUUCUUUCGAUCAGUAUUUGGAUGAUAAACCCAGAGUUUUUAAUGCUAUCUUUCCUGAUAAACGAAGAAGCCAACAACUCAAUGAGGAAGAGUGGAGAAUACAGAUGUUACCUAUACAUUUCCUGCUCUUGACUGUCUGGCCAGUAAUAGACAUGAGGUUGAGAUGUAAAUCAAAAGGAAUUGAUUACCCCCCUGGCGUUCCUCGCGAUAUCACAAAGGUUGUCGAGGUUGAAAUUAUAAGGUGGGAGCUCCAAGGCCUAGAUGACUUUCUCAAGCCAUCUGAAUUCACCCUUGGCGUUAAAGGAGCCUUGUAUUCCGAUAGGCGGGAAUCACUAAGCCGGCUGAAAAUUCAAUUAAAGAUGAGCAUAAGCUUUGUUCUCCCUGCUGUCCUUGCUUUGGUGCCUGAAGAUGUUCAUCGAGGCAUUGUAGAAUCGGUGCUCGAUAGAUUGGUGGAGAACGCAAAGCAUAGAGUUAAUGGUAGCUUAUUGGCUGACUAUAGCGAGUUCAAGAGGGAGAAACUCAAUGCUAUAUUUUGAGGUUGUUGCUGCUUGCUCUGGUGUGACAGAUGCACAAGUUCAUGCAGUUGCAGAUGCCUAAAGAACACAGAAAACCUUGUAAAUUUGCUCCUCUCAAUCUUUAAAGCAUUCACAAUCUUUUGUGGGAGUUCUUGAAGAGAUGGUCACAAAAAAAAGAAAAAAAGAAAAAGAAAAAGAAAAAAAAAGUAGAAGAAGUUUGCAGUGUGACGGCAGUUUUGGCACUUCAAGGAUAUGGAAUUGUUAGAAGUUGUAUUGUUGUGUCAACAUUUUGAACUUUCAUUGCAUUGUGGAGAUUAAUUCUCACUCUAAAAACGAUGUGUUAGUUUAAGUAAAUGCUAUGAUAAUCCCAUUGUUACAACUUUAUUUGAUUAA